AUGACCGUUGGGUGCAAACAAGCCAUCGAGCUUGCGGUUGACCUCUUGGCUAGACCAAAAGCCAACAUCCUGCUUCCGAGCCCUGGCUGGCCAUGGGAUCUAGCUCGAUCCAUCUACAAGAAACUUGAGGUCCGCAGAUAUACGUUCCUCCCGAACAAUGAGAUCGACUUUGAAAGCGUCCGUAAGCACGCGGAUAAGAAAACGUUUGCAAUAUUUAUAAUCAACCCUCACAAUCCCAAUGGAAACGUCUACUCCAAAGCUCAUCUCAGCGAUCUCGCUAUUUUGGCCAAUGAACUCGGGAUAAUGGUGGCUUCUGACGAAGUUUAUCGAUGGACUGUGUUUGGGAAGAAUCCCUUUGUUCCCAUGGCGACUUUCUCGAAUAUUGUACCUGUGAUGACACUUGGGUCCAUAUCGAAGGGAUGGUGUCUCCCCGGAUGGCGAACUGGCUGGCUGGCCCUGCACGAUCUAGAUGGUGUCUUUGAAUCCACCAAGGUCGUGAGUGCUGCUAGAGAAUUUCUUGGGAUAACUUCUAAACCACCAACUGUUAUCCAGGAGGCUAUUCCUACCAUCUUGGAGAAGACUCCUAAAGAAUUCUUCGAAAAAAGGCAGAGCACUCUGCGAGCAAACGUGGAUGAGGCUUAUUCUCGCCUUGAGGACAUACCUUACCUUACAUGCCCUGUGAAACCUGAAGCAUGCACCUUCCUAUGGACCAAACUGAAUUUUGAAAUGUUUGAAGACAUUGGAGAUGAUGUAGAAUUCUGUGUAAAGCUUGCUCAAGAAGAAAACCUUGUCGUUUUGCCAGGAACUGCUUUUGGUCUAAGUGGCUGGGCAAGGCAUUCUAUCGACAUGGUUCCUCUAACUUUGGACAUUGCCUUUGAUAGACUGAUGAGUUUCUGUGACAACCAUAAGACUUCUUCAUUAAAAACGGCCAGUUCCACUACAGAGGGAGCUUAA